GAAAGGCAGCCUACAAGGAAAGGCAGGCAGGCCAGCAGGCGGGACCAGAGGGAGGGGCGGCCAUCGGCAGCGGCAAGUAGAGAGCUGGAGCCAGGUCAGAGGAGAGCACAAGGGAGACUGGCCUGUGGCCCGGGACACCCUGAGGCGACAUGCGACACCCCUCGGCCCCCUGACCUGGGAAUGGGGGUGUUUCCCGGAAUCCUGGACUAAACCCCAGAAGCAGCUGGGGAAACUGCAGGCCACUGACACAUCCUGGCUCAGCUUGGGAACGGUGUCACCCCUCCCUACUCUGUGCCCCCUCCUCCCAGAAAUCCACCAUGGAGAGUAAGGAUGAGGUCAGCGACACUGACAGUGGCAUCAUCCUGCAGUCUGGCCCUGACAGCCCGGUGUCCCCGGUGAAGGAGCUGACCCACGCGGUGCGCAAGCAGCAGAGGGCCCUGGAAGAGCGGCUGGAGGCACACCUGGAGGAGCUGAAGAGACUCUGCCUCAGGGAGGCGGAGCUGACGGGUGUCUUGCCGGCCGAGUAUCCCCUCAAACCAGGGGAAAAGGCCCCCAAGGUCCGCCGCAGGAUUGGAGCAGCUUACAAAUUGGACGAGCGGGCCUUGCACAGAGAGGACCCCCUGAGCGGCCUGGAGCAGGAGCUAGCCCUGCAGCUGCAGAUCGCCGAAGCGGCCCGCCGCCUGUGCCGGGAGGGGAACCUCAGCAGGCAGGCCCGCCGGCAGCGGAAGCAUGCCAUGCUGCAGGAGGAGAAGAAGCUGAGGGAGCUGGAGCGCUGCCUGGGCGAGCAGCGGCGCACCAGCGGGCCCCCUCCUGCCGCUGCCCUGCCCCUGGGCCGAGAGCUCAGCGCCUCAGAUGACAGCUCUCUAUCAGAUGGGCUGCUCCUGGAGGAAGAGGAAUCCCAAGUGCCAAAACCUCCCCCAGAGUCCCCAGCUCCACCUUCCCGGCCUCUCCCACCCCAGAGCCUGGAGGGGCUGAAGCCAGCAGGACCUGAGACUGGGGGCCUGGAGCGGGCCCCCAUCCAGAACAGUCCCUGGAAGGAGACCAGCCUGGACCACCCCUAUGAGAAGCCCAGAAAAUCUUCUGAACCCAACAGCGAGUCCAGCAGCCCAGCCACCACGCCACAGGACGGGCCCGGUGCCUCCAGCCUAUGGCUGCUGGAGCCUGCCUCCUACCAUGUGGUUCCCAUCCGCAGCGUUCCUGGCCAGCGGCAGGGCCGCACCAGUGCCCCAGCCACCCCUGAGAUGCAGGGGAGGAGGAGCCAGGCGCAGUCUCUGAGGAUGGAUUCCUUCCGGGCGGGUCCCGAGGGCCGAGGCCGCAGCGCCUUCCCCCGCCGCCGCCCCACUCACUACACGGUGACGGUGCCCGACUCCUGCUUCCCCCCGACCAAGCCCCCGCUGCCCCACCCCGCCUACCACUCCUGCUCGGAGGACAGCGGCUCCGACGUCUCCAGCAUCUCGCACCCCACGUCGCCGGGCAGCAGCAGCCCCGACAUCUCCUUCCUGCGGCCCCUGUCCCCGCCCGAGCCGCCCCGUCCCCGCGGGGCCUGGGUCCCGGCCGGCGCGCACUACCCCAAGCUGCUGCCGCCGCCCGGGCGCUACGUGCUGGUGGCCGAGAGCCACCUGCCGCCGCCCGGCGAGUGGGAGCUUGGCCGCGCCGCCCUGGGCCCCGCCUACGAGGAGGACGCGGCCGCGCUGCGCUGGCAGCGGCUGGUGGCCUCCCGCGGCCGCCUGGUGCGGACGCCCUCCCUGAAGGACAGCCCCGCGGGCCGCGCGCUCAGCAAGGCGGCCGUGUCCGAGGAGCUCAAGUCGUGGCACGAGCGCGCGCGCCUCCGGAGCGGCCGCCCGCACUCGCUGGACCGCCAGGGGGCUUUCCGCGUCCGGAGCCUGCCCCCCGGGAGAGAGGGCUUCGCGCGAGCCCCGGCUCCCCGGACACAGCUUGGACCUGUCCUCAGCUCAGGCCCAGCCUAUCCCAACCUGCCAGACAGGGAGGGUGACAAGAAGUGACCACAGUGUAUGUGCCCCGGAGAUCGCCCGAAGGGGCCCCUGUGCAAGUCUUUGUGCCUGAGAAUGGCGAGAUCAUCAGCCAGGUGUAACCAAGGCCGGGUGUCACCGUGUGCCCUGCAUGCCUCAACCUGGCUGCCGGAAAAGACUGUUCCACAGCAGGGCUGGAGCCGAGACCUCCCUGCCUCGAGUGCCUUCUUCGGCUCCUUUACCCCAUCGCGGGUCGAUGACCUGGAGCUGAGCCUUUUUUUUUUUUUUUUUUUUUUUAAUGUCUUUUGUUCAGAAACCCUGGCCUUAGGAUUUAUAUUGUGAUUUGUCCUCAAGAUCCCAAUAAUAUGAUGAUGCUUUAUUCCCCAGAGCUUGGUCUACUGGACUUGAGGCAUUGCCUGUCUGACUGACAGCAUUUGUCUCCUUCUGCAAGACAAGUGGCAGGGGACACGUGGAGCAGAGAGGGCCACGUCGGGAUUCCUCACAGACUAUUCUCUGGCUCAGAGCACGUCCCCAGAGAACAACUCCUGUCUCACUGCAGCUGGAGGCACACUAGAGCGCCUCACCACCCCCAUUUCCCAGCUCUCUGGGUACUGUAGGGGUGCCUGACAGGGGGAGAAUCUUCUUCCCCCUUUAUAAUGUGCUCUGUGAUGCACACACGAAGUGGUAGGUUAAAGACCACACAUCCUGGUGGAGUAUUGUCUCCCUGGGCCCUAUUUUCCUCACCCCAUAACCCCCUCUGGAGGGCCCCCAGUCACUCACCAUAUGCUCUCUGUGCUGUGUGGGCUCCCACAUCUACCCAGACCUCUGAGCCUUACGUUUGAGGCUUCACCGGACUGUAGCAUUAGGAGGCCCGGGCUGGGGGCUGGCCCGUGGUGGUGUUUGGUGGAGAGCAGCCCACGCUUUGACCACUGUCUCUGGGCAUCGUGAGAGCUUGCAACCCCACCCAUUUCUCUGCCAUCUUUUCAUUAUCGUCCUAAAAACGAAAACCUUCCAGAUAUCUUUGGAGAGGCACCACUGUUGUGGCAUGUUCUCCUAGGAGGGGGUAGGGGUCCCUGCCCUUUUUACCCCUCACCCAGCUGUGCUUCUGCUUUUGAGACUGGAUUUCCUUGAAAGAGGGCAAGUCCUUAUUUUUACAAAUAUGGGAAUACUCACUCUUAAGGGCGUUCAUUAAUCAUCCCAUCUGCUAAGACUUGAGCAGGCCUGGGCACUUCCUGUGCUAAGACCAUCCGAUAGUCUCUGGGUUCUCGUCCCAGGGCCUUUUUGCUGCCUGGUCACAUACUCAGAUCUCCUGCCUCAAGGAGAAAGCACAGAGUUGAAGCUUGGUGGUGUUAGGAAGAACGGAGUUCUGAUUCUGCCCAUGCAGACCCCUUUCCCCUCUGAGUGGCCUGGACUUGGACAGAAACUACAAAUACAGCUUAAACUCCCAAUCACUUUGAAUCCUGACCCCAAAGAAACACAGUUCUCCCCACUGGACAGAAGGCAGUGUAGCCAACUGCACAAGGGUGCCGAGGGAGGAACUUAGGUGGCCUGUCAGGAAUCUGGGGGAGGAGAGGAGAGCCUGAGGGGAAGCACCCGCAUUUCUGUCACUGCCCUCUUACCACAUCCUGCAGCUCCCUCCUUUUUGGGUGGACUCUGGCCCCAUUAUGUUAGAAUGUCCUAGUUCGGAUGCUGUUCUCUUCCAUUUUAUCUCUGAGCGCCUGUCCCUGGUGUAAAGCUAUCUCCCCUCCCCGUGUCCUCCUGGGAGCCCAGAGCUCCUAGGCUGAGCCAGGAGACAGCCCAGCACCGCCCCCCCCCCCCCCCCACAUGAGGGUCCUUUAUGUUAACUUAUUGGUCCUGUGUAAUGCCUAGCGCAGUUGCGAAGUGGCUGCAUACUUGGCUGCGGGGCUGGAACUGUGUGGGUUUUAGUGCCAAAUAUGUCAAUAAAGUCUGUUCUUUGUGAUUGGCCUGA